UAUAUACACAGACAGAACAUAUGUUCUCUAUUCAAACAUUUGUUUCUCAGAUAAAAUCCUCUGAACACUGUCAAGAAUACAUAUCCCCGAAAGAAAACUAAAAGCAAAAAGCCAUGGAAGAAAAUCAACAAGAAGCUUCGAUGCCCCUAGUUCCCAUAGACAGCUUCUCUUACAGUUGGCUAGUUAACUUUCCUUCUACAGAAGCUUCCAUUGAUGAUUAUCAUCAAAAUUACGAAGAUUCUUCUUCGUCCUCCUUCAUCGAAAUGGAUCCAAGAUUGCCUCCUUCAAGAAGAUUCUUCAUCAACAAAGCCCAUGAAAGUAGCUUUAAGUUCGAUAACUUUGUCUCCUUCUCCGAAGAAGAUCACUCUUUAGUUCAUGCCGACGAGCUUAUCCGCGACGGCUAUGUCGUGCCUUAUAUAUCAAAAGCCACGACAGCAGGUAGGGAGGAAGAAUAUAAGUCGUUGGAUACGAAAAAGGAGAAGAAGAUCGAGACACGUGACAUUAAGAACAAGUCUCCUUCUAGAAAGUUGAGUGUGUCGAAAUGGGUUUUGUUCAAGUAUCUUGAUUUUUUUACGCCAUUGUGUAAAAGAUUAAGGAGAUGUAGAUCCGCUAGAUCACCUGGAGAUAUUGGAAGCGACACGAGGAUUCGUGUAACGACGUUGUCCAGAAGCAGAGUUUAUUCUGAUGAAACAACGUCGUCGCCAAGAAUAAGUGUUGCAGAUGAUUAUUACUGGAGAAGGUCUUGUGACUCAGAGAGCUCCAUUUACGAAGCCGUUCUUCAUUGCAAGAAAUCUUUCGAAAAAUGAAAGUGAAGAAUCAAUCCAUGGAAAAGGAGCAGGUAGGAGUAGAGAUGGAGAAUAUUAAGCUUGAAUAAGCAAAUUUAACUAGUACUUUACACAUGGAGUGGAGAAAGAGCAACUUGUAAUGUGUCUUUUUGUUGUUAUUAUCUCUCUUGAAUUAAAGAGAUUGAUGUGAUGAUUCCAUGUGAAUGUGUCAUCUCAUGUGGAUCAAGAAUGUUUUUUCUUCUCUUAUUUUUUUUUCUUUUUACAUGAGUGGGCACAUAUAUUAGGUUACGCAGGGUUGAAAAAAAAAAGGUUACAUAGGCAUCUAGCAGAAUCAAGAAAUAUUUUCAGGUUUUCUUGGCUAUUUUCAUCCAUGUAUGUAAGUUAGAUAGUUUAUUUUUAUAUAUGUAUAUCAUAUAUAUGCCUACCCAUGUUUUACUUUCUGGACCAAUUGUGUUUGAAUAU